CAUGAAGAAGAAGUAGAAAACGGAAAUUACGGUCGCCCCAUUUUCCUGCCGGAGCGAGAUAAACAAACAAAAGCAAAGACAGUAUAUUAAAUAUAUUUAGGAAGCUGAGCGAAUUCUGACGGGGUUCUACUCGCAGAUAAUGUCUACAAGGAAUAAUCUAUCCCCGUGACCCCCCCCCCCCCCACAACAACAGAGGCCUCGGGAGAGCUAGCGUAGCAUAGCAUCUCGGCUAGGCUAACCACUGGGGCCAGGCUACGUCGCUAGCUCGGCGGUUAGCUCGACAUGUUUCUGUCGGUGUUGGCGAGCAGGAGCGAGACAUGAAGGCACCAAACUGUCGCGGUGUCAGCAAGUAGCUGCGCUUCUCACCUGGAGGCUCAAUUGAUGGAUGGAUCUGAGGCAAACUCCCAUCAUAACAAACGUCUUAUUCCACCCUCCGCUAAAGAUCCGCAGGCUGUGGGGACUCGUAGCCAAGUUUCAACCACAAGUGCACUCCGCGAGAUCACCACCAACCACCGACCACCAACAUGGCGUGGGCUCUGAAGUUACCUCUCACGGAUGAAGUGAUCGAGUCCGGACUGGUGCAGGACUUCGAUGCCAGUCUGUCGGGCAUCGGCCAGGAGCUUGGUGCCGGGGCGUACAGCAUGAGCGAUGUACUCGCCCUCCCCAUCUUCAAGCAGGAGGAGUCCAACCUGCCUCCGGACAGCGAGAACGACAUCCUUCCCUUUCAGUAUGUUCUGUGUGCAGCUACCUCGCCAGCCGUUAAACUGCAUGAUGAGACACUCACCUACCUCAACCAAGGACAGUCCUAUGAAAUCAGAAUGCUUGACAAUCGGAAACUUGGGGAACUUCCGGAAAUCACUGGUAAAAUGGUGAAGAGCAUUAUUCGUGUGGUGUUUCACGACCGACGACUUCAGUACACGGAGCAUCAGCAGCUGGAAGGUUGGCGCUGGAACCGGCCCGGAGAUCGCAUCCUCGACCUCGAUAUCCCCAUGUCAGUCGGCAUAGUCGACCCCCGGGCUAACCCUACUCAGCUUAACACUGUGGAGUUCCUUUGGGACCCAUCAAAACGAACCUCAGUUUUUAUCCAGGUUCACUGCAUCAGCACAGAAUUCACCAUGCGCAAGCAUGGAGGAGAGAAGGGCGUCCCCUUCCGAAUCCAGAUCGACACUUUUAAAGAGAACGAGAGUGUCGAGUACACGGAACACGUCCACUCGGCCUCCUGCCAGUUCAAAGUCUUCAAGCCUAAAGGUGCAGACAGAAAGCAGAAGACGGACCGGGAGAAGAUGGAGAAGAGGACGCCGCAGGAAAAGGAGAAGUACCAGCCAUCCUACGAAACCACAAUACUGACAGAGUGCUCUCCCUGGCCCGAGGUCACGUACGUCAGCAACUCGCCCUCUCCCGGCUUCAACAGUUCACACAACAGCUUCCCGCCGGUUGCGGAAGGAAACGGAUCACCAACACACCAGCCGGAGCCUGUGGUUCCUGUUUCAGAUGUCCCUCAGAAUUUGUUGCCCACGGCGACGCCGCAGGAAGCACAACAGUGGCUUCAUAGAAACCGCUUCUCACCCUUCUGUCGGCUCUUCACCAACUUCUCAGGGACGGACCUGUUGAAGCUGACCAGGGAGGACGUCAUUCAGAUCUGUGGGCCGGCAGACGGUAUACGACUCUUUAACGCGCUGAAGGGACGUGUGGUGCGUCCGCGGCUGACCAUUUACGUCUGCCAGGAGUCUCAGCAGGGACGGGAGCAGCUACAGAAGCAUGAAAAUGGAGACGCCGCCACCAACACGUUCUUUAUAUACCACGCCAUCUACCUGGAGGAGCUCACGUCCGCGGAGCUGACGGAGAAGAUCGCUCAGCUCUUCAACAUCUCGCCCAGACAGAUCAACCAGAUCUUCAAACAGGGUCCCACCGGCAUCCACGUGCUCGUCAGCGACGAGAUGAUCCAGAACUUCCAGGAUGAAGUAUGUUUUGUUCUGGACACAAUGAAAGAUGACACAAACGAUGGCUACCACAUCAUCUUUAAGUGAACACUGGGCAAGGAGAACAGCGUAGCUUUUCUUUUAGACCCGAUCCAGUCAGCUAACCCUUACUUCUGAGGCAGCGACUCUGUCACCACGGUGACGUAACGUUCUUGCCCCUCUCCCCCUUCCUCCUGUAAAUGGUUGCGUUUUUCCUCUGUUGCGUACGUCUCAUGCAAGGGGGGCGAGUGGCACUGCGGCUGCUAUCAGUGUUUUUAUUUGCUUGUGGAGCAUCUGGUGUGCCAAAGCUCAGUUUGUUGUCUCUUUAAAAUAAAAAAAACACAACAACACCAACCAAAAAGAGAAAAAUCGAGCAACAAAAAAGACAGUUACAUUGACAGUAGGCCUGUCUCGUUCAAUUACAUUAUCGACUCAUCGCACGAUACGUGAAUAUGAAAUCAAUCACUUUCAUUGACCCCAAUAACAGCCAUUUUGUCAACAACAGUCCAGCAAAGUCUCGCUGAUUCUGUCCUCUGAUCUGUUCUCGUCAUAUGAUUUAUAAAUCACUGGUUUGGCCUCUUAUAAUGUCAGAAAAUAUGAAUUUCUUAGUAUUUUUCUAAAAUGUUUGGAUAACAUUUGUCUCAGCAGCAAUUAAAAAGCAUUAAAAGAAAGGUCGUAAAAGCUCGAUAAUAUUGUUUUAUCGCAAUCAUUUCCGGGACGAUGUAUUGUGCGACAUAAAUCGGUUAUCGUGACAGGCCCUAAUUGACAGUGCUUGACCUGUGGUCAACAAAUGAAGCAGGAUGUUUCUUCUUCGUGGUCAGUCGCCUUAUGGGAGCCACGCAGGAAACAAAGUCCCUUCAAAUAAUCGGGACACGGGGGGAAACCGCUGGAAUCCAGCCGUGCUUCUGUAGAUCCCUUUUGAAAGUGAAAAACAGGAAAAACAAAAGUUUUACCUGUAAGUUUAGUAGAGCGCAUGAACGACACUCGUGGUUUUUAACCUACGAAUCUUUUAAAGAUGAAACGCUCGUCUGUCAGUUAUCACACCAGCAAACUGUCUCUGGUCCGUGUGCUUUUUUUUCCAAUCUCAUACGUAAUCCAUUUUUUACCAACCAUUUUCAACGUUAUUUUUAAAAAACAGAUCAUUGUUUUAAGAUGCUUUUUACAAGAUGAAUCAUGCGUAAUGUUUUUUUUCUUUUCUUACGUCUUCGUCGUUGUCUUUGGAUGUUAUCACCGCCGAAUACCAAUUUGUGUGCUGGUCGUCAGGGCGCACCAGGCUGCACGUUAAAAGAUUAUGUUCAAAUCCAUUUCUACUGAUAGCUUGACAUUAUUAGAAAUUUCCAUCUCAUCGACAUUAUUAAAAAUACUUUACCCAUG